AGAGCUGUGACUUCAGUGUGUGGUGACAGUCGUUGCUGUUUUCUUGAGAAUGAUUCGAUUCCAAUGUCCUAAUGGACAAUUUUCAUGGGAUAAAGUAUCCAUCGGCUUCAUCGGAGCUGGACAGAUGGCUCAAGCGAUGGCGAAAGGAUGGAUUAAAGCAGGUGUAGUGAAGCCGGAUCGCGUUGUAGCUUCAGCGCCGACUAAUCGUAACUUAGCCGCCUUCAAAGAGUUAGGAUGUUCGACGACGAAUUCAAACGUGGAUGUUUUGAAAAUGAGCAACAUUAUCAUCAUUGCUGUCAAGCCGCACAUGAUUGGAUCCGUUGUUGAAGACUUGCGAAGCAAUGUGGAUUUUGGCACAAUCAAGAAACAAACUAUAUUUAUCUCCGUCGCAGCUGGGGUUCCGUUGGCUGAUCUUGAAAAAUUUCACUUCAACGCAGUGACUUCAGUUGUGAGAAUCAUGACGAAUGUCGCAUUUGCGGAAUGUCAAGCAAUGACCGCUUCUUGUUUUGGGUCAGUUGCAUAUCCAUGCACUAAAGAAGUAUUGACGAUGCUCUUCGAACCCGUUGGAUCUCACAUCAGUUUACCGGAAUCCUUGAUGAACGUAUUUGUUGGUAUGUCGGGUUCAGGUAUUGCCUUUAUGUUCUCAUUAUUGGAAGGCAUGUCUGAUGGCGGUGUGAGGCUUGGUUUACCACGUGAGACUUCGAAUACAAUCGCCAUUCAAACUAUGCUUGGAGCCUCAUUACUAGCUCAAGCAAAUAUGGGUAAGAGAAAGCUAGCAGAGCUUCGAGAAUCUGUUUGCUCUCCAGGAGGUACUACGAUGGCGGGAUUGUAUACCUUGGAGAAGAACGCAGUCAAAGCGGCCCUGAUGGAAGCAGUGGAAGCUUCGUGCAAACGAAGUGAAGAGCUUGGAUGCGCUGGGAAAAAAUAA